UGGUAAUCACUUUUGCAAGCUGAGAUAUUUCUUCUGGUUGAUUCUGGUACAGAAUAGCAGUAUGGAUGAAACUAAGCUCUAUCUGUACGAAUGGGACUUUAUAGACCCCCCAAUAAAAGAUCAUGUCUGUGGACACUGCAAGCAAGUAUAUAGGAAGCCUAUGAUGAUCGAAUGCUGUGGAAGUACUUUUUGCGCCUCUUGUAUAAUGGACGAGGAUCCUUAUAGUGGUAAUAUCCAAUAUAUGUGCCCAAAUUGCAACGAAAAGAAUGUUGCUGCUAUUCUUAAUAGAAAAAAAUGGAACAAAAUACUUGAGCUGGGUAUUAAGUGCCCUUUUACUAGCCGUGGUUGCUUGUGGACUGGGGAACUAAAAGCAAGAGCUGCUCAUGUUGAUACUCUUAGCGGUAGUUGCGAAUGCAUUACUUCUACUUGCCCGAAUGGAUGUGAAGAAAUAUUAGAGAAGAAAGAAAGAACUGAGCACCUGAGCUAUUUCUGUCCCAAACGGCUCGUUGUCUGUAGUUACUGCAGCAAACACGAUAAACAAGAAUUCAUCAAUGGAGAGCAUAAGAAUAACUGCCCCGAGUUCCCAAUUGAUUGUCCCAAAAACUGUGGAGCGAAUGCUAUCAAACGAAUGAAUUUAGAAGAUCACCUGGUUGAGUGUUCAUUGCAUGAAAUCGAAUGUGACUUUAGUUACGCAGGUUGCUCUAAAUUAAUUAUGAGGAAAGAUUUGGUAGAGCAUCACCAAAAUAAUUGGCAAAUGCACUUCGCCUUUCUGAUCAAAUUUUUCGAAGAAAUGCUACAAAAAAAGGAAUUGCAGCUGCACGAAUUAAUUGCAGAAAAAGAUGAGCAACUCCAGAAAAUGGUUAAGCAACAUAGCCAACAAUUGCAGGAAAAGGAUGAAGCAUUGCAAAAGUUAAUUGUGAUGAGAGACGAAGAGAUUCAAAAACAAGUGAAAGAGCAAGAAACAAAGGUAGAUCAGCGGCUAGAGAAAUUGACAAAAGAUUUUGAAUCUAAAUAUGAUGAACUUAAAACUAAUUUAAGUAGGCUUUACCAUUUACCUUCCGCAAUUUCAACAGACGUACAUGAACGAAAAUUAGAAAUGACAGAAAUAAUUCAUAGAGGUAAAAAUAAGACCGAAAUUUGGAGAGGAAAGUACAACGGCACUGAAAUUGCAAUCAAGAAACCUGUAUCAGGUGCUUCUCCAUCCGAAAUACUUAUGGAGAUACAUAUCUUGAAGAAACUCAUGCAUUCCAACCUCGUGACGAUGGUGGAUUCGAUAACAACAGGUGAACCUGUGUACAUGAUCUUGGAAUACAUGUCAAAUGGAAACUUAGAGAACUACCUACGAAACAAUAAUACCUUGCUGCUACAUCAACAAAUAUCUAUUGGAAAGCAACUUGCACAUGGACUUGAGUAUCUUCAGGAAAAUCUCUGCAUUCAUCGACGCAUUAGAGUAGAUAACGUUUUAGUUGGAGAAAAUUUGAGAUGCAAAAUAAAUGAUUUGAGUUCAGCCGUGGUUCUGCAUAAAUAUAAUGAAGAAUAUGCGGUCGAAAAAUCCACUAAACUACGCAUUAAAUGGUGUGCUCCAGAAGUUCUUAAAGACAAGCGAUUCUGUCUUAAAUCUGAUGUGUGGGCUUAUGGUAUACUUUUAUGGCAGCUCAUUGCAGAUGGCGAAGAACCUUAUUCUGAGCUAACAGUUGUUCGAGCACAACAACACAUAUGCACAGGUACCCUCAUGUCACGCCCACAAAACUGCUUGGUAAACUUUUACACGCUUAUGCUGGAUUGCUGGAAACUAGAUCCUUGGGCGAGGCCAACAUUUGAAGCUUUGUCUGAUUUACUUGAUCAUGUCAAAGAUGCACACAAAUACACAGAUAUAAAGUGAUCUAUAUAUGCAUGCUUUCUUUAAGUUUGCACGUAUGCACAAUACGUCAAUCUCAACCUUUUGACACCCAUUAUUUUUGUUGACAGUUUUACAGAUAUUCAUUGCA